AAAAACAACGGAAAAAACUAAGAGGGACCAAGAAAAAAAAAGAAGAAAAAUUGGAGGAAAAAGUUGAAAAGUCCAUCAGUUUUUCGUACUUCUCCACAAUUAAAUUAAAUUAAAUUAACAACAAGGGAUUUGAUUUGCGUGAUCAUUUGGGGGAAAAAAAAAAGAAAUUCCAAAAAUGAAAAUGAAACUGAAAAGAUUUGCAUCAAUUCCAGUUCUAUCAGUGGUUAUUUUAGUAGGAUUCGUUCAUUAUGUGACGGUAUUUGUAUUCAUCGAAGAUUGGUUCGGAUUGCGGAGCUCAGCUGGUUUGCUAAACUCUCUGAUCUUCACUUUCUGGGGUUUUCUGUGUGUUUUCUCACUCUUAGUGUGUGUUCUUCGUGAUCCUGGCCGCGUCCCAUCUCGUUAUGUGCCUGAUGUUGAAGAUAAUCAAACUCAAAAUGGCGCGAAUCAAAGGAACUGCGACAAGUGCUCCGCUCACAAACCUCCGAGAGCUCACCAUUGUCGUGUCUGCAGAAGGUGUGUUCUGAGAAUGGAUCACCACUGUUCAUGGAUUAAUAACUGCGUGGGCCACAGAAACUACAAGUCGUAUCUUCUUCUAAUAUUCUACGCAUUUAUUGCAAGCACUUACUCUGCGAUCAUUAUAAUUGGCAGCGCACUUAACAAAGACUGGGAGUCCACCAUAAAUCGUAAUCUCAAGGCAUUUCACAUAGGUUGUGGAGUUUUAAGUGUGAGUCUAAGUGCGAUGCUUGGAACUCUAUUGGCAUGGCAUGUAUACCUCACUUCACAUAACAUGACAACUAUAGAGCACCACGAAGUAAAACGAGCUGCAUGGUUAGCGAGGAAAUCUGGACUCGUUUAUCACCACCCGUAUGAUGUUGGUUUUUACAAAAAUAUUUCCUUGGUGUUGGGACCAGACAUGCUAAAAUGGCUAUGGCCGACAUCAGUCAGUCAUAUCAAAGACGGGCUUAGCUUCCCGACUAUACGUGAUAGCUCGUGAAAACGGUUGUUUUUCCAGAGUGGCUAUUGCGUAAUAUCAUUUUUAUGGUGACACAUUCAUGCUCUCAGGCUAUAAAAACUAGUAAGUAGUUUUUUUUUUUUGAACAUUGAAAACCUUAUGCUGGGUUUUUUUGAAAAUACGUUGUGAUGUUUUGCCCCUUGGAUAAUUCAUUUGGAAACGUUGUACAGAUUGUAAAAGAUCGUAUAGUCGAAAAUAGGAGAAGUUAGAACUUUUGUGGUGUUAUAACUAUGGAAAAUGGAGAAAUGAGUUGUGAAAUUAGAAGGCAAGAACAAGAUAUAUAUAUAGAAGUAAUGUAGAAAAAAAGAUUUUUUUUGUGGGAAAUUUGUAUCUUUACCUAUAAGAUUGCACUUGAGUUCAUACUUGGUUUUCA